CCCUAACUAAAACUGUAACUAACUCGAGUUGUCGGAGAUGGAAGUGGAAUCGCAAAAUCGUCAAGUUUCUUCAGAUUCUUAUUCGGCUCAGAGAUUUGGGCUGAAGAACUCAAUACCGACCAACUUCGGCUCUGACUACGUCUUCCAGAUUGUACCAAAAGUCGAUUGGACAGCAAUCGCGGUGUCCUUGUCGACCAACACCAUUAAGCUAUACUCGCCGGUGACAGCUCAAUACUACGGGGAAUUUAAAGGACACUCCGAUACAGUCAAUCAAAUUGCGUUCUCCUCGGAAUCUCCUCACCUUCUUCACUCUUGCUCCUCCGAUGGUACCUUCAGAUCUUGGGACAACCGUUCUUUCCAGCAGGUAGCGUGUAUUGCUGCUGAUAAUGAUCAAGAGAUUUUUAGCUUCUCCUUUGGAGGUUCUGGAGAUCAUCUUCUCGCUGGCGGAUGCAAAGAGCAGGUUUGUCUUUGGGACUGGAGAAACUCUAAGCAAAUUGCUUGUUUAGAGGAAUCCCACAUGGACGAUGUCACUCAGGUACACUUUGUUCCCAACAAUCGGAACAAACUUGUUUCGGCCUCUGUCGACGGUUUGAUAUGUCUCUUUAACACUGAAGGUGAUAUCAACGAAGAUGACCACCUCGAUUCUGUGAUCAACGUGGGAACCUCAGUUGGCAAGAUAGGUUUCUUUGGAGAUUGCUUUCAAAAGCUCUGGUGUCUCACUCACAUUGAAACUCUUAGCAUUUGGAAUUGGCAAGAUGGACGCUGUGAAGUCAACCUAGAGAAAGCUCGGGAGCUCGCUUCUGAUAGUUGGAGUCAAGAUAAUGUUGACUAUUUUGUUGAUUGCCAUUGCCCAGGAGGUGAAGACUUGUGGGUGAUAGGUGGAACCUGCGCAGGUACUAUCGGUUAUUUUCCGGUGAACUAUAAAUCCCCUGGAUCAAUUGGCUCUGCUGAAGCUAUUCUUGGUGGAGGCCACAUAGAUGUCGUGAGGAGCGUUCUGCAGAUGCCAAGCGAGUAUGGUGGAGCUGCAGGGUUAUUCGGAUGGACGGGGGGUGAAGAUGGACGGUUAUGUUGCUGGAAGCCCGAAGAGAAUUCUGCUGGGAACAACCGGUCUUGGACUUCAAGCGGAUUGGUCGCUAAGCCGUUAAGGAAUCGCCACAGACACUCACCUUACUGAUAAAAUGGAACAUUGUCGUGUCUUUAUGUAAGAGUAAAAGACAGUUGAUUGAGCUUGAUAUGUCUCUUACCCUCUCUUUUUUUUUGUAUUGGAAAGGCAAUUUCUCUAAAUUAAAGUUUGAAAGAUCUCAUCUUGAA